UUUUACACAUUAAUGCAAAUAUAGGUAACAUAUUUCAUUUCCGAUUGAUUCUAUCUCUGUUUUCCUCUAUCAUCAGCAAUUAUACCACUUCAGAACUAUCUCUAUCAUCGAUGAAAAAAAGAAUAAAAAACAUUCUAUUGUAUUCACUGAAACACCCUCACACUAAGAAGAACCCUAUCAGAAAACCACCACCUACGUAUUAGAAAAACCAUCCAAGAGAGCUGAGGAAAAAGAUGAGAGUGAAAAGUUUUCAACUCACCUGGAGAGAGAGAGAGGAUGAAAUUUGGCUCUCCCAUUGGUGGAAAAAGUUUAGUGACGUCACUACCCCAAGCAGGAUCGAGUGAGGCUCUUUCGGCAAAGGAUCAGAUAGGAGAAUCUAACCCGUCGUACCUGUUGCAUCGAAGGUACUUGCUUCUAUGUUUAUGUGGUACAAAACAUCGUUUGCAUUUGCAUGCAUCUUAUUGCAUUAGAGGACACAAUGUCUGCUUUUCAGCAGGAUCCACCCCCAAACGAUCCUGGAUCACCCUUCCACCCCCAGGAUAUGUCCGGCAUGAUGGAACUAUACCCACGUGAUUAUAGUGGAAGUCCGGGAACUUCCAGGCAGCAACAGGGGAGUCCAGUUGCCGGAUAUUACUUAGCGGGAGGAUCUCCUUAUGCAAGGGGUUGGCCACAACAGCAAGGGGACUAUCAGGGAAUGGUUCAGUAUGGUGUGCCGGACGAGACAGGAUGGUUGCCGGACGGUGCUUACGGACUCGCGAGGAUUAACUCUGCCCCGGCGGACUUGUCUUCGAUGGAAGCACCGCCUGCUUCGGAACUGGGGCGCUACCCUGGUGAUGGGGCUGUGAAUGAACCGGGAAGUUCUCCGGUGCAUGAUGUUGUCGGUUCGCCCCUGGCAGCCGCGGAAAGUCCCGUCGAUGUUCCUUCAACCGCUGGUAAAGGCGGUAGAGCUAGCCAAGAACAGAGAAUACGGAGACCGAUGAAUGCUUUCAUGGUUUGGGCUAAAGUUGAAAGAAAAAGACUAGCGGACGAAAAUCCCGAUCUUCAUAAUGCAGAUCUUAGUAAAAUGCUGGGUAAGAAAUGGAGAGGGUUGAGUCACGAUGACAGAAGGCCUUAUGUGGAGGAAGCCGAACGAUUGAGGGUGCAGCAUAUGCACGAUUAUCCCAAUUACAAGUACCGACCUCGAAGGAGGAAAAAUACGAAACGUGGCAGUGUGCGGAAAGGAAACGUCGCUGCUCCUGAAUCUCCACCCCUCAUGGCCAUGCCAUUCCCGGCUCCAUCACCCUCGUACUCAUUUCCUCAAGGAAACAGCCAUCUCAUGGGAGGAUACAGCGGAAACGGCAGAUCUUCGUCCAUGGGCGGAAUGGAUGUCUGUGGCCUUCAAACUCCAGAUUCAUCCCCUCACGGAAGUCCGUGUUCUGAGGCCAAUGUCGCUCGAAGAAUGGACGGAUACAGAUAUCCUGAGUUCAUGGGCAUGCCCAUCAGCAACAGUAAUUCGCAACCCACUACCAACGGAGAGCUCACUGGGUCAUCCAACGUAAGUCCCGACUCUAUCCGUUCACUGCCCACCCCUGAAAUGUCACCUAUUGACAGGGAUCAAGAUGGUUUCAUGUUCCAAAAGGAGGGAGGCAAUGCGGAGACAGGACGACGUGAAGGCAACGAGAAUCCCGUCUCGCAGCUUAUUACUCGCUUUAGCGACUCAUCUAAGUUCCUAAAGAACGUUCGUCCGCCAUUUCCCGUAAGAGGAGCUCAUCAUUCGCAGAAUGUCAUGUCUCUGAGGGAAUUGGUUGCCUCCAGUAGUAAUCCUGCCGCAACCUAUGCCGCCUUAACUGCCAUGUCACCACUUCCCCACUACUCUAUGGCUACAGACAUGAUGUCUCCAGAUCACCAGAGUUUGAUCAAGAGUCAAGACCAAGAGGACAGAAACUCUUGCAAUUACCCCUACACUUUCGGGAGUGAUAUUAAACCACAGAGGCCUUUACCCUCUUACAACCCUUUUCCGUCCACCACGCAAUUCCAGAACGUCGUGUACUACCAGCAAGCUAGAUAUUCUCAAGCUGGUGAUGGCAACUAUUUUACUGAUUUUCCUGAAAAUGAAGUGAUUGGCGAUGAAGAUAGGAGUGAGUUUGAAAAAUACCUCAAAGGGAGCAGCGGGAAUGCAGUAAUGUCUUCCCAUUUUCCCGAUGCCCCUUACCAAUGCGUUGAAACACCCAACUACGCCGAAAUGCACAAUGAGGCUACAGCAACGGACAAAAGUUUUCUUGGACUACCCAUGGAAAGUACUGUUGAGGACAUGUCCUCAUUUUCACGAAAUGUAGCCGCUCCUUCGAACCUUACGGCUAUAUAUGGCGCAACCGCGUCCCCAAAUAAAAGUGAAAAUUCUGGACUGAUAGCGGCUCUCUCUGAAGCACGACAAAUCAUGCUAUAAUCUCAGAAAUUCAACGUACAAAAUUGUGAUUGAGUUAACCGGUGUACACGAAAGAGUUCUAGUGCCUUGAACUCAAAGUGCCUUUCCCAGGUAAUGAAAGAAUUUCUAGUGCCCUGGUCAUGAAAGAAAUCUAGUGCCUUUAUCCAAAGCAUCUUGGUCAAGGCGCCAUUGAAAACAUGCUGAGACUUGAUGCCUAUUGUCUUCCUUAUUUAAAAAACCCGAGUCUAGAUCUCUGCAGAAUGGAUUGACAACUAGAAUUACCUCAAAAGGACUAUGAAUUACUUAAUUCGUGCCAUUGAAUUUAUUUCAAGUUUUCAGUUUAUGGCAACUUCCUCCGUAUGCCACUGUAAAGAUAUGUUUGGCAUACUCAUCUUUAUUUUUGUAAAGUGAUAUUAGACAUUUUUUGGACUCUAAACUUGAAUGCAAUGGGUGCCGUUGCCGUUCGAGAAAGUUUGAAACCCGGUGUAAAAUUUAUUGAAAGUAUUACAAAAAUAGUUUUGAUGCCGACAGAAUGGUUAGAACGUUUAUUCAAAAUGAACUGUUCAUAACAUGUCUGUUAAAAGACGUAAGUCUGAAAGACUUAUUAUGUGUUUCUGCUGUGUAAACGUGCAAUAUAUGUGAGAAGGAAGAUAUGCUUUCAGUUUGAGUAUUUUUAAAAAAGGCAUAUCGGUAGAAAUUUUGUAAAUAGGGUUCAUUAAGAGUGAUUUAUAUGUUUAUUAUUUGAAGAUUUUCAAUUUAUUGUACAUUUAUAAAUUUAACUAUUUCAUGGAAACUAUAGUGCCCAUAUUUAACAAACGUAUUGUUUUAGAAAGUGAAGGAUAUAUUUUAAAAAAUAUAUACUCUUUUAUUAAUUAUUCUAAAAACAAGUCAUGAACUAUAUUAAUUUAUGUUUGAAAAUUUUCAUACAUAUUAGGUUUGAAUAUAACUGAGCAAAUAAGAUUAUAUUCUGAAUUUAAGAAGACAAAAAUCAUGAAUUAAUGAACAUUUUGACCUAAUUUACAAUCUACCCUCCCUAAUUGUUGAACAAUAAUACCAGAAUCAUAAUAUGGUUCAAUUUGCUGCAAUCUUAAUAAAGUGUUAAAUUAAACUAUGUUACCGUUCAAACUGUGUAGUUCUGAAUAAUAACAAUUCAAUUUAAAGUUGUGGCAAAUAUGAACGAUAUUUUUAUUCAACACACUCAAAAAUCUUCUAAAGUAUACUGUUCCUGUUCAUAAUUAGUCAAUUUAAAUCAAGUGAUCUAAAUAGAUGUUAUUUGAAAUAAAUUGUUUUAGUAUAUUUAUGUUUUACGAACUCCACUCAAAAUCAUUUAACUCCGCAGUAUAUUGCAUGUUGUUUGAGCCAUUUUUUUUUUCUCUCGAGAAACAUCAAAAAAUGUUUUCGUGUUUCUCGUUUGAAACUUUCACCAAAAAAAUUCUUUUUUUGUUCAUUUUCAGUAUUAGUGAAGUACUUAGUGUUGAUUUUGUUGCAUGGAAAAGAAGAAUCACACAUUCCAUUUUGAACUGUAUAAUUUAUGUGUUUCAACACAAUGUGAGAGAAUUUUGACAAAAACGUGUUACCAUUUAUAUGUCUGGUUGCUUCCAACUCUAUAUAUCCAUAAUAAGAUUUUCUUUCAUGUUUACAUCUCUGUCGUAAAAAUAUAAUAUCCUAACUAAAUAUUUAGGUUUUGAUUUUAAUAGCUGUGUAAUAAACAUAAGCAGGAUUACGAACUGUUAUAAAUUUCCCGUUUUCCGCAUGGAUUUUAGAACGUCGGAAUCGAGGAAAUCCCAAUUUUCCGGGUUUUUUUAAUGAUAUUUCUUUUUGUUACAAAACUCUACUUCUAACUCAUACUACUAUUUGUAAAUUGUAACUACUAUUUGACUGUUUGUAAUUUCCUGCUGAAAGAACUUAUUCAAUAUGUACCUAAUAUUUUUGAAAUAUAAUAGUCUUUAUAUAAUUAAACAUACAUUAAAGUUCGUUUAAUUUUUUUAAAUAUAAGUUGGAAAACAUCCAUUAUUCAGCGUAUCAUUAUUACUACGGAAAAUUACAUCUAUUAUUACAAAAAAUUACCUUCGGUACUAUGGAAAAUUAUAUAGAUAAGAAACUACAAAAAAAUAUUACAUUCUUACUGGUUGGUGUUCCUGCUUAUGAUUCCUUAUAAAUUAUUCUGAUUGUUCAUGGCUUAUUAAGAUUUUAAUUUAAUGACUUAUAAUUUGAUAUUGCUUUAUGACUCAUGAUUUCAAUUAGUGACUUAUGAUUUUAGACUUUCUCUAUGACUUAUGAUAUAUUUUGGUGACUUUAUGGCAUCCGAUUUAAUUUUUAUGAUUUUGUUUGCAGUCUUCAUGGUUUAUUAUUUAUAUUUUUGAAAAACCUUUUUUGUUUUUUUUUUAAAUUCGCAUAUUUUCUGUGCAAUGCUAUUAAAUGUAAAGUGUAUGUUUAGGAAUCCAUGCGAUUGAAAUGAGAUGUAAUUAUUGUAUCCCACACUGUUAGUUAGAUAACUACUUGUGUGUAUGUUCAGGAAAUUCCUUUUGUUUGUAUUGUUCCUAUUUAUGUAUACCACCGAUACUUGACUCAUGUCUUUCGCUAUUUUGUUAAAAUGUAAGAAACAGAAGGAUAGCUGAAAAUGCUGAAAAUAUGGAGAGUUUGAAAUAUGGACAUUUUUAUUCAAAACUAACAUUACGUAAACGUUAAAUUUUCAAUUUUAUCGAAAGCUAGAAAGAUCAGUGCUUAAAACUUUAAUUU